AUGAGUGGGCUCCUGGGCGCCAGGACCUGCUCCAGCCCAGGAGAGGCCUCCGACCUUAAGUUCCCACUGGGCGCCAAGUUCAGGGAACCUCUCACCCAGGCGCGGUUCCAGCAGCUCUUCGGGGGCGCAGAGCAGGCGCAGGAACCACUGGCUGAGUCCCGCUGGUCCGGGCUGUGCAGAAGGUGGAGGCGGCGAGCCCCCGCCUGCUCCGGGCCGGGGGCGUGGCGCCUGCUGCAGGCGCGGCUGCCCCCCCUGCGCUGGCUGCCCGAGUACCGCUGGAGGGCCUGGUUGCUUGGGGAUGCGGUGGCUGGAGUGACCGUGGGCAUCGUGCACGUGCCCCAGGGCAUGGCUUUUGCCCUCUUGACCUCCGUGCCCCCUGUGUUUGGCCUCUACACGUCUUUCUUUCCCAUCCUCAUCUACACCUUGUUGGGCACUGGAAGACACCUGUCCACAGGAACGUUCGCCGUCCUCAGUCUCAUGACGGGCUCCGCCGUGGAGCGGCUGGUGCCCGAGCCGCUCGGGGGGAACCUGAGCGCCAUCGAGAGGGAACAGCUGGAUGCCCAGCGGGUCGGGGCAGCUGCGGCCUUGGCCUUUGGGAGCGGGGCGCUGAUGCUGGGGAUGUUUGCGCUGCAGCUCGGAGUCCUGUCCACCUUGCUGUCUGAGCCGGUGGUCAAAGCGCUGACCAGCGGAGCGGCGCUGCACGUGCUGGUGUCCCAGCUGCCCAGCCUCGUGGGGCUGCGCCUCCCGCGCCAGAUCGGCUGCUUCGCCCUCUUCAAGACUCUGGCCGCUGUGCUGACUGCGCUGCCCCAGAGCAGCCCGGCCGAGCUGACCAUCUCCGCACUCAGCCUGGCGCUGCUCGUGCCCGUCAAGGAAUUGAACGUGAGGUUCCGAGACAGGCUGCCCACCCCAAUCCCGGGGGAGAUCGUCAUGGUGCUUCUGGCCUCUGCGCUCUGCUUCGCCUCGUCCCUGGACACCAGAUAUGAUGUCCAAAUAGUGGGGCUGCUGCCUGGAGGAUUCCCCCAGCCUCUCCUCCCCAACCUGUCCGAGCUGCCGAGGAUUCUGGGUGACUCGCUGCCCAUCGCGCUGGUUACCUUUGCUGUGUCCGCCUCCCUGGCCUCCAUCUACGCAGACAAGUACAGCUACACUAUUGACGCCAACCAGGAACUCCUGGCUCACGGGGCCUCCAACCUCAUCUCCUCGCUGUUCUCUUGCUUUCCCAACUCGGCCACAUUGGCCACCACCAGCCUGCUAGUGGAUGCUGGUGGGAACACCCAGCUGGCAGGCCUCUUCUCCUGCAUCGUGGUCCUGUCAGUGCUGCUGUGGCUAGGACCCUUCUUCUACUAUCUGCCUAAGGCUGUCCUGGCCUGCAUCAACAUCUCCAGCAUGCGCCAGAUGUUCUUCCAGAUGCAGGAACUUCCACAACUAUGGCGCAUCAGCCACAUGGACUUUCUCCUCCAGGUCCCAGGGCUGUGCAUCCUGAGCUACCCAGCACCUCUCUACUUUGGAACCCGGGGGCAGUUUCGGCACAACCUAGAGGGGCACCUGGGGCUUGGCAGAGGCAAGGAGACUUCAAAGACAGGUGGCCCCCCUGAUGCAGUUGCUGUGCCUGUCAGAGUGGUGGUCCUAGACUGCAGUGGAGUCACCUUCGCCGACGCUGCUGGGGCCAGAGAAGUGGUGCAGGUGAGGAAGAGGGGGCUGGCCAGCAGAUGCCAAGACGCUGGGAUCCACCUUCUCCUGGCUCAGUGUAAUGCCUCAGUGCUCAGGACACUGACCCAGGCGGGACUCCUGGACAGAGUGACCCCAGAGCAGCUGUUUGUGAGUGUUCAGGAUGCAGCUGCUCAUGCCCUGGAGAGACUGGAGCUCACGGGUCCGAAGACUUGCACUGUAUGGCUCUGA